AUCGCCAGGCCUGUAUAUUCAUCUACCGUGUUCGUGAUAAUUCGUAAAACAGCCGGAGGGUCGGACUCGAGGUGGCCGGCUCCCGAAGCCGAUAAGGCUGAGAAGAGAGUAGGAGGGGGAAAAAACCAACUUCUCUCUGCUUCUCGCUCAGACAAUAAUGUCGCAAGCAAGCCACAUGCUGUUUUAGUCUCGACCGACGGAGAACGAGACGUCGAAGGCCACCUUACGCGCAACCUGUACAGUAGCUUGCCCGGACCAGCGGACCGUUUGUAGAUCACCUAGCCUGUCCAUUAAUGCACAUCAUUUUCGUCGCUUAGCCACUUUGGCAAGCUAUCUGAACGUCAACUACAACAUCAUCGUCGACCCCCCUCCCCGUCCCCCAAGCCAUGUCAUCGAGACCUCGGCAGGCCACCGCAACCGUGGCCGCGUGCCUGUCGACCAUGCCCUUUAAAGCAUGCCGGCCUCGGUGGGCGGCGUCGUCACGGUUUCGACGAUCCUACUUCUCCAUACACCAUCCCGACCCUCCUCCGUUCGAGGAAGCGCAGGAUACAAUUCUCGCCGCCGCCAUUGCAAGGGUACCCAAGUCCGGAUUCUCGGAGGAUGCGUUGGUGUUGGGCGCCAGAGACGCCGGCUACCUCGAUGUGACCGUACAGUUGUUUCCCCGGGGUGUUUUCGACCUGAUCAAUUACCACCUGGUCACGCAGAGACUCGCGUUGAAGAACAAUGUACAAUUUCCGGAAGGGACGCACUUGGGCCUCGGGGCCAAGGUGCGAUCAUUGGUCAUGGCACGGUUGAGAGCGAACGAGGACAUAAUACAUCAAUGGCAAGGAGCACUCGCACAUAUGUCUCUCCUCGGAAACAUCCCGGCCUCCCUGCAAGAACUCACAGCCCUCUCCGACGAGAUUUGGUACCUUGCCGGUGACACGGCCGUGGACUUUUCCUGGUAUACAAAGCGAGCCACCUUGGCCGCAGUCUACGCCAGCUCGGAGGUAUUCAUGGCCACGGACACGUCGAAGAAUUUUGCCGCGACCGAAGAAUUUUUGACGCGCAGGUUAGAAGAUACACAAUACAUCGGGAGCACUGCAGGAGGCUUGACACAAUACGUCGGGUUCUGGGCCGGCAACAGUGUCAAUCUCGCUCGAGCUUGGGGGUUGAAGGUAUAAAAGAUUACAAAUCUACACCUCUCAUACUUCCGUUCGGCAGACGGGCGUGAUUUUCGGAAGCUGCUACAAAUUGCUCCGUACGGUAAUCUUGUUCGACUUGAAAAUUGUCAGCAAAUGCAUCCUUGUACGUGGUUGCAGACGAGUAACUUGUCGCGGGCACGUCUGUCGAGGCUCUGACAAAUGGCUUGGCCAAACAGAUCGCGGUCCAUCUUCUGCCUCAUCUGACAAGCCUCUGCAUAAGGGUCGCGCUCACGAGCUUACUGAAAUGUUUCAGAGCAAAAGCCCCCGAAUCAAAUACUCCUAGCUUGGGCUCUUUAUUAUCGUCUGCUUCUGUGUCUGAGCAGACAACAUUCACACCGAACUCAGCGCAAGCGUACGAUACCGACAACGCCAGUAUUAUACAUUUGGCGUCUAUUCAUCCGGGCUAUGGAUCUCCAGCGUUCACCACUCGACUCAAAAAGGUGAAAAGUCAUGGGCGUUGGCUCUUGGGUGAACAGAUCAAGGCAUAAUCAUCAAACCUCCCGAGAUUGUCCUAUGUAGUCGGACACGACUCAUACCCACUGUAUAAUAAGUUGAAUAAAACGUAAAAUAACAACAAAAUAAUCAAGUGACAACAGCUACGGUUGUCGUAGACUUUCAGGCCCCUAUUCGUACUCGGUAGCAGAGGUAGAGUUGGAUUAUACAACGAAUUUGGAGAAAUAUUUAUUCGAUCGCUCAACGUGCACGCGUCUUCAAUAUCAAAC